AUGAGCAGCCGCGUCCCUAUCAAGGUGAAGCACAAUGGCCAGACGUACGAUAUCGAUAUCGAUGCCGAUGCAGACGGUGCCGCAUUCAAGCAGUGUGUAUUUGAAAAGACGCACGUGCCUGUGGAGCGCCAAAAAGUGAUGGUCAAAGGCGGGCUGUUGAAAGACGACACGCCAUUGAGCAAGCUUGCGAUCCGUGCGGGACAGCAGUUUAUGGUGCUCGGUGCAGCAGGCGAUCUUCCCAAGGCUCCUGCCAAACCUGUGCACUUCCUGGAGGACAUGAAGGAGGACGAACUCGCGGAAGCGACGCACAACAAGGUGGGGCUCACCAACCUUGGGAAUACGUGCUAUUUGAACUCGACCCUGCAAGUCCUGCGGUGCAUCCCGGAGCUGCACGACGCGCUCACGGCCUAUGCCGGGAGCAUCGGCGCGCAGGACGGCGACGCAAAACUCACUGCAUCCUUGCGCGACUUGUUCCGCGACUUGGCCAAGGCGCAGCGUCCUUUUCCUCCGCUCCUUUUUGUAACCAUGCUGCGCAAUGUCGCGCCGCAGUUUGCCGAGAUGGCCGAAGGCGGUGGCUACGCACAGCAAGAUGCGGAAGAAGUGUGGAUCCGGAUUGUGAAUGCGCUCGGGACGUACCUUGCUGGCCCCGACGGCAAGGACCGAUUUGUUCCGCGGUUCCUCACCGGGCACAUGGCCACCACGCGUUCCUUGGCCGAGACGGCGGAGGAGGAGCGCAGCGUGAGCGAGGAGCCGUUUCUCAUGCUCCAAUGCAACAUCUCGAGCAGCACCAACGACAUGAGCGCCGGCAUCCUGGAUACCCUCACGCAAAAGAUUGAGAAGCAUUCCACACAGCUGGGCCGCACCGCAGUGUACAACGAGCAGAGCAGAAUUGCGCGUUUGCCCAUGUACCUGGCGGUGCACUUUGUCCGGUUCUAUUGGCGCCGCGAUAUCAAUAAAAAGACCAAGAUCAUGCGCAAGGUCAAGUUUCCCGUGGAACUUGAUGCGAGCGUGUUUGCCACAGACGAGCUCAAGGAGCGCAUGCUGCCUGCCAGCCGUGCGUACAGGGCCACUGCCAAAGAGCGCGAGGAGCGCGCCAGAGUUCGCAAGCGCGCCAAGACGCACACAGCCGGGCCCACGGACGAGAGUGCGCCGUUCACCGCGCGCCAGGACGGCAAUGUGCCCAGCGACAAGGAAGAAGAGGCGCUGCGGGCCAAGGAGCUGCAGGAGAUUGAACAGGCAAUCGAUCCCGACCUGCGCGCCGAUACGGGCUGCAACGCCACUGGCCUGUACGAGCUUGCAGGCAUUGUUACACACAAAGGCGCGGCUGCCGAUGCGGGCCAUUACAUUUCGUGGGUGCGCAAAGACGAUGGGAAGACGCAGCAAGUUCCGUCGAAUGCGUGGUACAAGUUUGACGACGAGAACGCAUCCAUUGUCGAUACGGAAAAGAUCCAGUCGCUGUAUGGUGGAGGCGAGGAUUCGGUUGCCUAUAUCUUGUUGUACCGCGCCAAGACAAUGGGCGGAGCGAGCGAGGGCCACUGA